GAUUCCACGAGAAUCCGUCCUAGAUUUUAGAGACAAAUUUUUUAACUUAUCAUCUCUUAUUUUACCCUGUUUUAACCUGAAAAUAUCUCAAAAACUUCGUCUUCAAAGAAACUAUGUGCUCUUCCCGUUCCGCUUGGGUCAAAGAAUCGUAGGAAGUAAGGUUGAUUUUUGAAAUUACUAUAAAAAGAUUAAUCAAACAAGUGACAUCAUGAGAUGCGAUUUUCUGCCACUUUAAUUCCAAAUUAUUUCUUUCAUCUUGGAAGGAACAAAAUGAUAAAUCAGAAACAACAUGUGAAUUUGGAAUGAAAGCUCUUGUGAAGGAUCCAAUACCUGAUCAAGCAUGAGUCAACGAGUUGAAGAAGAUGAGAAGGGACAGACUCAAUUGGGACCGCGUGAAGUCUAUGUGGAGGAACUGCCAGAUAAUGACGAUAGCUCUGUAUGUGGAGGCUCUUCUGACGAGGAGGAUGAGGACAGAUGGAAGGACGCUCGGAAGCAGCAAGAGUUGCCCUCGGAGUAUUGGCAUAUUCAAAAAUUGAUCAAAUAUAUGAAGGCUGGAAACCAGACAGCAACAGUCAUUGCUCUAGUGUGCCUUAAAGAUCAGGAUUUAACACAGGAAAUGAAUCAAGAAGCGAUUCGAGAAAUUGGCGGUUUAGAAGUCCUCGUAAACCUUCUGGAGACAAAUGAUUUCAAGUGUAAGCUUGGAGCUUUAUCAAUUUUGAGCCAAAUAACAGCAAGUUUGGAUACAAGGAGGACUAUAACGGACCUUGGUGGAAUACCACUUUUAGUCAGGCUAUUGUAUGAUCCUUCAUCUCAGCUUCAAAUGCUGGCUGCUGAAACUAUUGCAAAUACAGCAAGAAUUCGGAAAGCAAGGAAAAUCGUCCGCAAGAAGGAUGGAAUUCCUAAACUUGUGGAUUUGCUUGAUGUGCCACAGGUAUAUCUGGGCUCAUCAAUAGAAGAGUUAGAUCAAGAAAAACAGGACACAGUUGCAGUGGUACGGGGAAGUUCCAAAGCGCUCUGGUCCUUGUCGAAAUCUCAAAAAAACAGAGAAGUCAUGCGGAAAGCAGGAUGUGUCAAACUUUUAGCCCGGUUGUUAAGAUCUGUCCAUGAAGAUAUUGUUUUGCCAGUGAUUGGAACAAUUCAACAAUGUGCGUCUGAAAGUAAAUACCAGUUAGCAAUUCAGACUGAAGGAAUAGUCGAGGAUCUUGUCCGCUACCUGUCUAGUCCAAAUGAUGAUCUGAAAACACAUGCAGCCUCUGCGAUUUUUAAAUGUGCUGAGGACAUGACAACGAGGAAUGCGGUACGUCAGCACGGAGGUCUUGACCCAUUAGUCGGUUUAAUAAAGUCCGAGAGAACGAGGAGUAAUCAACCUCUCCUGGCAGCUUGCACAGGAGCUGUUUGGAAGUGUGCUAUUAGUCCUGACAAUGUACGUCGACUGGAUGAAUUGAGGACUGUGAACACAUUGGUUGGACUUUUGGCAGAGGAAGACGAGCAAGUUCUAACUAAUGUUGUGGGUGCCCUUGCAGAAUGUGCAAAACUGGCACAUAACCGUGAUGUGAUUAGGAAAGUGCAAGGGAUUCCACCUUUAGUGAAUUUGCUGAACUUGACAAAUCAGCCUUUACUAGAAAAUACGACCAGAGUUCUUGGAGAGUGCGCAUGGGACUCAGAAUGCAUGGCAGAAAUUGAGGAGAUGGAUGGUGUUCGAUUGAUCUGGUCAUUACUUAAAAAUGACUCCCCAAAAGUGCAAGCCGAGGCAGCAUGGGCCCUAGUUCCUUGUGUCCAAAAUGCAAAGAAUUCUGGGGAACUAGUUCGAAGUUUUGUUGGUGGACUUGAACUGAUGGUCCGUCUUCUUUACUCUCCUGAUAAUCAAGUACUUGCAUGUGUUUGUGCGGCAAUUGCAAAAGUAGCUCAAGACCGGGAGAAUUUAGCCGUCAUCUCUGAUCACGGAGUCGUUCAAAUGCUCUCACACCUAGUCAAGACUCGUGCUGUUAACAAGCAAGCAAAUAAGAUUACAGAAACGAAUCCAGACUCAUCCAGAAACAAAAGCGAACUAAAACAGAAUUUGCUAGAGGAAGAGGAUGAUGACAAUUUACGAGAACACCUUGCAGCAGCCAUUGCCAACUGUUGCAACUGGUCAACAAACUGUCAUGAAUUCGGUCGUCUUGGGGCUGUUACAUCUCUAGUUGAAUACAUGAUUAGUGAGAGGAAGCAAGUUCAUCGUACCACUGCCCUUGCUCUUGCCAAUCUCUCUCAAGACCCUUUCAACUGUAUUACGUUGCAUCAAAGUAGAGUUGUGCCUUAUCUACUCGAAACAAUUGGAUCAACAGACGAAGAAUUGCAAGAGGCCUCUGCUAUUUGUUUGAGUAACAUCAGGAAACUUGCCCUCACUGCAGACACUUUGAAAAUUUAAUCAGCUUUCGAAAGUUUUGAAUAAACUUAUCACCUAAGAAUUUGCAAUGCAACACUUAAGUGAUUCUGUAAUGACGAUUACAAGAACGGUAUCCAAAUUGGGCUUCAUCCCUUGUUUUCUAGGUGUUAUUGAAUAUUUAGAAUAUUAUUCUAUCAUACAGAGGUAGCUAUAGUCUGAAGAUGGUGUAAAUUCUUUUAAGUUGUUGCAGCUACAGAAUGAAAAAUGCUGUUUUAUCGCUUGAGUUGAAAGAGAAAAAACAUAUUUUUGGAGGAGGGGUUAAAAUUUGAAAACAUUAGUUUUUAGAUCAGGUAUUUGCCCUAA